CUGGAGCUCUUAAAAGCUCUAACUUAUAACUAAAAGGUUCGCUGUGCAUGGCGAAUUCAACGUCUCUAAAGGCGUCAAAGGUUUAUCCUGGCCAUGGGCCACUUGCUCCUUCUUCUUCUUCAUCUUCUUCUACAGCUCCAUGCUACUUCACAUCCAAACAAGAAACGUUCACAGUCUGGAUGAAAUCUCUGGUACUGAACGGUAAAGGUUGCACUGUAUUCGACUCCGAUGGCCAUGUCAUGUACCGCGUCGAUAACUACAACUCCAACUCCGGCAACGAAGUUUUUCUCAUGGACUUCGAUGGCAGAGUUCUCUUCACCAUUAUUAGAAAGAAGUUUAGAUUGUUGGGGUUGAGCUGGGAAGGUUACAGGGCUUGCGAUAAGGAGAUUGACCUGAAGAAGCCUGGAUUUCAAGUGAGAAAAGCCUUUAAGAUUUUGAGGAGGUGCGAGUGUAAGGUUGUAUUAGGGUUGGAUAAAAAUGAGCCAUAUAAGUACAAGAUAAAGAGCAGCGGGACAAACAAGAUGGGUGUUGGAUGCAAGAUAACAGACAUGUUUGGAGAAGUAGUUGCAGAAGUGAAGAAGAAGGAAACAAGAAGUGGAGUUGUUCUAGGAGAUGAUGUGUUGACAGUGGUGGUCAAACCUUGUGUUGAUCACUCCCUCAUCAUGGGGCUUCUUGUUGUCUACAAUCUCAAUCAUAUGUAAGAUGUAAAUCAAAGCUUCUUAUUACAUAUAAACUUGUUUGGAUGAAUUUAAUUAGUCUCCUCCGAUGCCGGCCCGGCGUUGCCAUGUAUACAAUAUAUGUCAUACAUUAUGAUGCAUUGUUUGUGUCGUAAUAGAGAUUUUGCCGAAAGAAUGGCAAUUUCAAUGGAUCUCGAGAUUAAUUGAAGCACGUGCAAAACUGAUCUUAACACUUCGGUCAUUAAAAAAAGAAAUGACGAUUUCCCUGUGUAAAAACCAUGGUGUCUGUAUAAUAAACAAUACCU